UAAAUAUACAGAAUAACUACAGGAACAAGAACGAGAUGAGAGGAAGAGCAGAUAUAAACCAAGAAGCUUGCUUGAAAACACUGACCCGGCUUUAAGUAACUCCCUGCGAGGGCUAACUAGGAUCCCAGGUGAGGUCUUGGCGCGUUGUGUGGUUCUUCUGGCUGCAACAACGCCUUUUAUUGCUCGUAUACCUUUGUACCUGAAACUAACUGUCUUCUUUGACAGACCCGUUGGUUCCCGCUGCCCGCUGUCUUCGAGUGAUUGAGACAAGGAAGAUAUAUUCUCGCCUGGUGCUGGUCUCUCUUUUCCUUCUCGCAGGCAUUCUCGACAUUGCCUCUCACCCAUCUGUCGGCGGGGGGUUGGUUUCUUUCUUUGCAUAUCACUACUUACUCUCUCGAGCCCGACCUCUCUACUAUUUAGAUCUCUUAUAUCUCGAAGGCUCCCAUAUUCUGCGCAGAGACCCAAUAUAACUAAUUCACGAUGGCGUGGCAAGCGGAGGAGAGCACACUGGCGCAGCUGGCGGGGUAUCUCAACGACACGUUGAAUGCGCGAGAUCAAGCAGUUCGCAAAAAUGCAGAGCAGGUGAGAAAUCCAGCUUUAUAUUGGAUUUGAUUUCACGUAUAUUUGAAAUAAGAAUGGCAAUUUUAACGGCGCUGGCAAUACAGAUGCUCACGCAAGCUACAUCUUCUCCUGACUUUGUCAAUUACCUAUCAUUCCUACUGCGAACUCCCCAACCUCCUGCUGCCGUUGGCUUUGAUAUCAAGGGAUAUAAUGUUGUUCGAGUGGCUGCUGCUAUGAACCUAAAGACAAAGAUAAAAGUGGCCUACCAGUCGAUACCUCCAGAAGCUUUGGCGUACCUACAAACAGCAAGCCUGGUAGCUCUGGGCGAUGAAUCUACCCAUGUUGCGAACUCCGCAGGUACAAUCAUGGCAGAAAUGAUUAAACAGGGAGGGAUAUUAGGAUGGCCAACUUUGCUUGAGGAGUUGGUGUCAUUAGUAGGGAAUGCCUCUGCUUCAGUUCCAAGUCGUACUCAAGAGGCUGCAAUGACUGCCUUGCAAAGAAUAUGUGAGGACAAUCAUCGACUUCUACAAAAGGAAAUCCAGGGACAGCAACCAAUCCAUGCCAUUUUGCCAAAAAUAAUGGAGUUCACCGCAAGCUCUGUACCAAAAGUCAGGACCAUGGCCUUGUCGACAGUUCACAUGUUCAUCGCUCACAAAUCUCCCGCCCUCAUGCAAUCCCUGGAUACUUUCCUUCAGUGCCUUUUUAAGGUAGCCGAAGAUCCUAACACGGAUGUUAGGAGGGCCGUUUGCCAGGCCUUUAACCAAUUAGCAGAAGUUGCCCCUGAAAAGCUGAUCCCCUAUAUUGACGGGCUCGUCAACUAUGUAUUGAUGCAGGAACAUAGCCAGGAAGACCCAGAACUGGUGUUGGAUGCUUCAGAAUUCUGGAUAGUUGCCGGAGAAGAGAAACAGUUGAGGUCGGCGUUGACUCCAUACCUGCCAAAGAUUAUUCCCGUCUUGUUGCAAAAUAUGGUUUAUGACGAAGAAGAGGCCGCUCUAAUUGCAGGAAAGGCAGAUGACGCUGACCAACAGGACAGACCUGAAGAUCUAAAGCCUCAGUUUGCAAAAACAAAGUCUGACCGAUUGGCUAGUGCAAAAGAAAGUGAGGAUACCUCCAACGGUGAAACGAAGCCAGCGCCUGAAUCUGAAGACUCUGAUGAUGAUGAUCUAAGUGAUGGGGAGAUCGAGGAUGAUCCCGAAGAAGAGUGGACAAUAAGAAAAAGCUCUGCCACAGCUCUGGAUAUCUUCGCAACUGUAUACCAUCAGCCUGUGUUUGAAAUUGUUCUCCCCUAUCUUCGAGAGCACUUGAAGAACCCUAGCUGGGCCCAUCGUGAAGCCUCAGUACUGGCGCUCGGUGCCAUUGCUGAUGGUUGUAUGCUAACAGUUCAACCUCACCUACCGGAACUCAUCCCUUACCUAGUAUCACUCCUAACGGACCCAGAGCCAAUCGUCAGAAUGAUCACCUGUUGGUGUCUGGGUAGAUACUCAGGGUGGGCUGCACACCUUGAACCCGCUGAAAAGGCCCGUUUCUUUGAGCCGAUGAUGGAAGGAAUGCUCCACUGCAUGUUGGAUAACAACAAAAAGGUCCAAGAGGCUGCGGCAUCUGGCUUCAGAAGCUUGGAAGAGAAGUCUGGACCGCAUAUCAUUCCAUACUGCGAACCAAUUCUUCGCCAGUUCGUGCUUUGUUUCGACAAGUACAAAGACCGAAACCUGGACGUUCUCUAUGACUGUGUACAGACUCUUGCCGAGUGUACUAUGUCUGAACUAGCAAAACCCGCACUAGUAUCUAUCCUUAUGCCUUGUCUCAUUGGAAGGUGGAACAAAGCCGCAGAUGAAUCCCGAGAGAUAUUCCCGCUCCUGGAGUGUCUUGGGUACAUAGCUAGCGCUUAUGGACAUGCCUUCACACCUUUUGCACCACCAAUAUUCAGCAGAUGCACCAAGUUGAUAUAUAACACCAUUAUGGAGUGCAAUGCCUUGGCUAAUGGCCAGACAACCGAGGAGCCCAACAAGGAUUACUUUAUCACUUGCUUGGAUCUCCUCUCCGCGAUUAUCCAAGCUAUUGAUCGCCAAAAGAGUGAGGAACUUGUGGCAAGCACCCAGCCAUCCUUCUUCCAACUUCUUGCCUACUGUCUUCAAGAUCCAUACUACGACGUAGGUAUGUCAGCGUACGCAGUCCUUGGUGACUGUGCAAUGGUCCUGUUUGAACAGCUACAGCCAUUUCUACCCACCAUAAUGCCGACACUUCUAAAACAGCUUGACCUGGAUCAAUUGGCGGAUGAGGAUUCAUCAACCGGGUUAAGCGUGGUGAAUAAUGCCUGCUGGGCGUGUGGGGAGAUAUCUAUAAAUGCAAAAUCAGACAUGGCCCCUUACGCAGAGAACCUCUAUACCUUACUAUACGCCAUUAUGAUCAACGAAGAAAUUCGUGAUUCCGUGACCGAGAAUGCAGCUAUUGCUCUGGGACGCCUUGGCAUAGGGUGUGCUGAGCAAUUAGCUCCGCGUCUGGCGCAGUAUGCAUACACUUUCCUGUUGAUCAUGGCAAACGUGGAGUUUUCGCGAGAAAAGGUGGGCGCUUUUGCGGGAUUUAACCAAGUUCUUAAGCAAAACCCGCAGGCACUGGAAUCCUGCCUGCCAGAUUAUUUCAGUGCUGUCGCAUCAAUGACCGACAAGCCCUUCCACGCCCCUGAAUUUGAUGAUUUAGACCAGUCUACCAGACAAGUUCUUCAAGGUUACAAAGAGUUGAUCCCUGACUUUGCAGCUUUCAUGGGAACCCUGGAUCCAAAUGUGGCCUGGAGACUUCAGACAGCCUACCAAAUAUAAUUCAGGCUAUACAGCCCUCCACUCUGUCUCUUUAUUAUCUCCUGCAUAUCCUUACGGCCAAUCAUGUUAUAGGUUAUAUAUCUGUUUUCCCUUUACACUCCUAAAAUCAUUCCAUGCCUCCCUUAUUCUCUAUCGGCCCUUUUCCCCCCUUAUCCACCAAACCGCCUCAUGACUCUCCUAGUUCUCCUCCCAUUGAUAUCCCUUUAUCCUUAAAAAAUGUAGUAUCUGAGCCGUCGGCACAUAAACCCUUUCUUUCAUUUGCUGGGGCGUCAAAAGAAGAUGACGGGAAAAUCAAGGAUAGUAAUUGUAUGCCCCUUUCUUCAAGUUAAAAGAAAGUAAAUAAAUAAAUAAAACGAAUGAAUGAAUACAUAACACAAAAUAAUCGACUGAUCCGGUGGGGGUUGGAGAUACGGAAUCUAUUAGUUAGUGUUCCUUGGAAUAAUAUACACCUCCCUUUGACAAGAAAACGGUGGAACUGUUCUUCCAUUAUCAUCAGUUACUGGUGAAGAGCAUUAAGUACCUUGUGUGCUCUAAUUUUUGCAAAACAAACAUUUAUCUAGUACUAAAUUCCAUCACUAAAAAACUGUUGCGUUCUUGUGAUUCAUCUCCAACUCAAUCCCGCGUAUGAAGAGUACGUAUCCAUUGAACAUCUUAAUCUAUCUUUGAAGAAUCCCGGCACGAGUUCUCAUUACCUGUUGGUUCUUGAGUUUAUUGUGACGUUAAAUGCUUCUCAAACCCCCUGUUCUCAACACAGUAUCACCCGUGAUCGGCCGAUUAUAAACCCUUUUACGAUUAAGGCGGCCCGAUCUCCAUGUGUCCGAAAUGCACUCUUUAUGCCAUUAUUACAAGAAAUCUCCGAUAUAUUUUUUCCAAGUACAUAUGCAUGCCCCAUAAUAUCCCUCCCGUCCAGCGUGGCCAUUCAAAAAAGGUCCCAUCUGUUGAGAUUCCAUGUCAAUGUAUCAAUACCAUCAAGGAACCAGCGCUACCAAACAGGAGUGGAUCCUGGGCGUGGAAUGUUGGUUGGGCACGAACAUCAAUCUACUCGGUCUUCUAAGGAUAUUCGAGGUAUAUUUUCUUUCCUUGUAUUGGCUUCAAAAGCAUAGGUUUCGCAUGAUUUAUCGGAACGUAACGUCCAGAGUAGCGUGAUCUUAGAAUUGAGUCUCGAGGUUAUUAGGCAUAGGGGUAGAAACCCGAGACAAGUUACCUGGUCUUUUGAGCCCUGCAAAGGGCCGCGAGUCACGGCAGAAACGGCGUCCUGCAUUCCACAAAUGCAUCAAGUUACAUGAUGACGACGUACGUAGGGAGAUGCAACUCGCGGAUAUCUUAGAAGUGUGCGGACGAAUACAUGACCGACCUCUGCCGGUGUGAAAAGCUUGUAAACGAAGCAUGCGGCCGGGGGCUGAUUCUGCCUGUUUGACACACACACAUCACACUUCUCUUUUUUGAAAAUAUUUUCUGGAAGAAUAACUA